AUGGAUAAACAAGUUGACGAUUCUUCUCGAUUAGAACAAAAGUUAGAAAAUUUGCGAUCAAAAAUGAGGACUGAAAGUCCGACAGGUGGUUCAAAAGGUAGCAGACUUGACGAAUUGGAGAGUCGGAAUUUUACUUUGGAAGAAGAGGUUAAAGAUCUAAAAAUUCAAUUAAAUGAAAAACAAAAUGAGCUUUCCAGGGCCCAAGAGUUGAUUGAAGAGUUGAAAGCAAAUAUAGAAGGUUUAGAAGUGAAAGACCAAAAGACAAAAUCAACAGCGGAUGAAAGCCGAACAACACAACAAACAACACAAAUUAAAUCAGAAUUUCAGCAAUAUAAGAUAAGAGCACAUACAUUGCUCGAACAAAAAAAUAUCAAUAAUGUCAAUACAGAUAAUUCUGGAUCUGAUAAAUCGGAGUUAGUUGCAGCAAACAAAAAAUUGGAAUCAGACCUAAGCCUUAAAGCCACCGAGUUAAAAUACGCACAUGAUAGCAUUAAAGCAGUAAAAAAUGAUCUUAAACAUGCACUCGAACUGAAUACCCAUCUUGAAAAAGAACUCGAGAAAGCACAAAAGACUGCGCGUGAAAACGCGGAUUCUGUUAAAGAUAUACAGGAGAAAUUACAGAAACUUUCAAAGGAAAAUACUACCUUACAGGAAGCUUUACGUGAAGCUAAUGCUAAUUAUGCAAUCAGUGCUAAGGAUUUUGAUGAUAAGCUCUCAAAGUCAACAGAUGCAAUCAAGAAAAAUCUUCAACAAAAACUAGAAGAAAAUGAGCAAUUGCAAUCAAUAUCAGAACUGACAAAGUUGCGAGAAGAACUAUCACAAUGUACCGAACAAGUUGAUGACCUCAAAAAGCAGCUUGCAGUUGCAAGAGCUCCAUUAGCUAUACGUACAAAUAUUCGAAAGGACGAUAGCCGACCUUCAUCGCCGUCACCUUCGUUAAGGACAUUAAGUCGAUCUAAUUCUACUCAUAAUUCAUUAUCUGACCUUCUAUCUGAUAUGGAAGGACGAACAUCCAUGGUAUCGACUUCGGCGCUAGAAUCAGCUGAUAAGGAAAAGGAUUACAUAAUGAAGUUAAAACAUAUGGCAGAAAUGUUAAACGAAAGUGAAUCACAAGUACAGAAAUUACUUGAGCAAGAAAAGGAAGAAAUCAGGAAAUUAGAUCGUUUAGAAAAACGGCAAAAUUUAAAUGUGGAGUAUUUAAAGAAUGUUGUACUUAAAUUUUUUGAAACUAAUCCUAUGGAUCGUGAG